AUGGAGGCUAUACGAAAUACAUUUCAACAAGCUAAUUUAGCAAGCCUUUUGGGACUACAUUUGGGUCUUUCUUUGUUAGGCGCACUUGCUUCCAAUCCCACAUACAACAUUCCAAUCUUCUUUUUUGGCAUUUGGGCUUAUAAUUAUCGUGAGUCGACCUCACCUUUAAAAACUUUAACAGCAGUUCUUGCUGUCAGUAUUUUUUUGGAUUUGAUUUGGCUAUAUUUACACGGCGGAAAUCCUCAAGAGGAGAGUGGUUUUGGAUUUGCUAAAUUCUUUACUGUCAUAAGUUUAUUCAUCAAGCCUUUAACUGUUUAUUCCGGUAUCAAUAAUCUGAAAGAACGAGGAGAUUCCAUGGGUAUGCAAAGUUGGUCAGAAGCACCAGGUGCGUUUCCCAGUGGAGGAUAUCAAAAUGUCAGAGACGGUGACAGUGCUGAUUUUGCGUAA